CAAACUUUUUUUUAAAAAUAUUUACUCCACAUAUAACGAAGAUUAAGGUUUUAAUCAAGACUUCAUACCUAAAGGUACAAUUCAAGAAACGAAUCUGGCAUUACCAACUGUCAAUUUCUUCACUACUCAUCAGUUUAUAUGCACAGAUCUCUCUAAAAAUAGCAAAAAAGCUCUAAAAAAACCCAUUCAUGGCCUUUUUUGUUGUCAUUAUUAGCAACACUUGUUGUGUUUAACCGUUGCUGUUGUGCUUAUUUGUAUUGAAUUCUUCAUUGAUUACUCUAAUCUGAAAAAAAACUGAAGUUUUACGUUUUGGGUAUUCGAGAAUUCUACUUUUUUUUUUGCUGGGGUCGAAGAUUUUGAGGCCAUUGAUGUGGGUUCUUGAUUUAUUGGGUAUUCAUGAAUUGGGGUGUCAGAAAGUUGUGAUCUUUGAUUUGGGGUUGUGAGUAUUUUGAGUUUUAUGAUGAGGUUUUAGAGAAUUUUGAGUUUUUUUAUAUGGGUUUUACAGUUUGGAUGAUAUAGUUGAGUUUUUGAUUCAACUGGGCAUGUAGGGUGUUAGGUGAAUGAGCUGCAAUUUGGUAACUGAAGAGACACAGUUACUUUUUGUUGUUAGAUAGUUUACAUUGUUUGAUUCUUUUUACAAGUGAAUUGGGGUUUGGAUAUUUGUUAGGAGUUUGUAGAGAAUUUGGAAUUAUUGGUUGGCUGUAGCUGACUUGUUUGGUUGGUUUCAGCUAAAUAACUUCAAGGAGUUAGAAAGGAGUUGUAUACAGAAAUUUGUUGAUUUUUUUGCUUUAGAACAAUUUUGUUAAUAUGUCUGGUGGAACACCUGCUGGUAGCGGUAGAUAUGUGAGGCAGAGGCUUAGUCAAGGAUAUGGUUCGAGUGGCGAUGAUCUUGAGGAUGAUGCUUGUUCUAGAUUUGUAUCACAAUCACAUUCACUUCCCAGGACAAGAACAUGGACUGAGGUUUUAGAGAAUUUUCUUUGGAUUGCUUCUGCAAUAUUCAUUGUAUACUAUGGUGAUCGGCAUCAUAAUUUGAUUUUCCUUUUGUGGCAUGAUGAUCGAAUUAGGAGAUUACCACUUUACUUUGGGAUGUUUGGUGUUGGUUUUAAUGUUCUAUUUUUCAUCCACACAAGUAUGUUGGCUUUGGGUGUCCGGAAGUCCUAUGAGAAGUGGGAGGUUUCCAGUACAGCUGCACUUCCCUACAUCACUGCGCUUGGGAUCCUGUCUUUCCUCUUGUUCUGUUUUGCUCUGUGGCCUAUAUGGAGCUUGUUGACCCUUCCACUUGUGUUCACUCUAUUCAUGGCUUGCAUGGUUAUACUGCCAUAUUUGGUUCUCAGGAGAUUCAAGCUACAAACUGAUUUGUUUCGUACAGAUUAGAUACGGUGUGUUAACAAGCAUAGUUUUACAUCUCACUGACUUAGCUGAAGGCGUAUAGGAGUUAUGAACGAAUCAGAUCAAUUCAGUUGUUCAAAGUUCGGUUUUUUGAACAAAUAGUUUUGAGUGAAGUAAAUAUUUGUAAGUUUUGAUAGUGUUUCGGAAGUGCAUUGGAUUGUAAAAGUUUUUGCAACAUUCAUGCUGACCAAGAGUGAAAUUGUUCCCCUCAUGAACUAAGCAACAUUGUAAUGGCUUUCCACUUUUUUCUUCCUUGAUGAUUGAGAAAUUUUCAAGAGCCUGUGAAGUGCAGUUCAAUAUUUGGUGUA